AGAAUCACAAUGUUCCUCGCCGAACCCAACAAGCUCAUCUUCCGCUUCGACAACCAGGUCCUCUGGGUCGAGGCGUGGGGAGAAAAUGCCCUUCGCAUCCGAGCAACCAAACAAGGCCAAAUGCCCACAGAAGCCUGGGCCCUUUCAGAAGAACUCCUCGAUCAUCAGAGCGUCUCCAUCAAUCUCCAAGACGGAAAAGAGAGCAGCAUCACCAACGGCAAAAUCAAAGCACUCAUUACCCCACGUGGCAAACUCACCAUUUACAAUUCCCAAGGGACGAUCUUGCUCGAAGAAUAUGCCAGAAACCGCGUGGAUCCGACGGAAGUCAAGACCAGCGCAUUGGAAAUUGAAGCUCGUGAAUUCAAAGCGAUCUUGGGGAAUGAUUGGAACUUGACUGCACGUUUCGAAUCGCAAGAUCCGGAUGAGAAGAUUUAUGGAAUGGGACAGUAUCAACAACCUUUUCUCAAUCUGAAGGGAACGGAUAUUGAGUUGGCGCAAAGGAAUUCUCAGGCUUCGGUUCCUUUUGCUGUUUCUUCCAGGGGUUAUGGGUUUCUUUGGAAUAAUCCAGGUAUGUUCAUCCCAAGAAUUCUUUUGGGCAUGUCUAUAUGAGAGAGGCUGAUAUGUGUCUAGGCAUAGGGAGGGCGGUGCUAGGGAAGAACAUCAUGAGCUUUGAGGCGUAUUCUACCAAGAUCAUGGAUUACUGGGUAGUAGCCGGAGACGAGCCAUCUGAAAUUGUCGAAACCUACUCGUGAGCAACAUUCCCUUUUUCAACAUCGAUGAGAAAAACACGUGUUAAUAAUUCCUAGUUCUGUCACGGGAAGAGUUCCCAUGAUGCCUGAAUAUGGUCUUGGUUUCUGGCAGUGCAAGCUCCGCUACGAAACCCAGGACGAGCUUCUGUCCGUGGCUCGAGAGUACCGAAAAAGAAACAUCCCCAUUGAUCUGAUUGUGAUUGAUUUCUUUCAUUGGAAACACCAGGGAGAUUGGGAUUUUGACCUCAGAUUCUGGCCCGACCCAGGUAGGCAAGCUCUUCCUCAAUUUUAUCAGGAUUAGAAAGCUAAUACUUUGUACAGAUGCUAUGAUAAAAGAGCUGAAAGAUCUAAAAAUCGAGCUCAUGGUCUCAGUUUGGCCCACAGUCGCAGUAGAAAGCCCCAAUCACGCCCACAUGCUCGAACACGGUCUUCUCGUCCAAAACGACCGUGGAUAUCGCAAAGUGAUGCCCAAUGAUGAAGAGGUCACCUUUUUCGAUGCCACCAAUCCCAGUGCGCGUGCUUUCGUCUGGGAUCAGAUCAAGAAGAAUUACUACGACAAAGGAAUCAAAGUCUUCUGGCUCGAUGAGGCAGAGCCUGAAUACAAUCCGUAUGACUUUGAUGUCUAUAGAUAUCAUGCUGGCCCGAACUUGCAGGUUGGGAAUAGCUACCCUAGGGAGUAUGCUCGUGGUUUCUAUGAGGGCAUGGAGAAAGAGGGACAGAAGAAUAUCGUCAAUUUGCUACGAUGCGCAUGGGCUGGUUCGCAAAAAUACGGUGCAUUGGUUUGGAGCGGGGAUAUUGGGUCUUCGUGGGUUAGCUUUCGGAAUCAGAUCGCUGCUGGGCUUAAUAUGGGCAUGAGUGGAAUUUGUUGGUGGACGACUGACAUUGGAGGGUUUCACGGUGGAAAUCCAGAUGAUCCUGAGUUCCGAGAGCUUUUUACUCGGUGGUUUCAAUGGGGCGCGUUCUUGCCAGUCAUGCGUCUGCAUGGAGAUCGUGAGCCGAAACUUAGAGGAUCAACGGGGUCUGGUGGCCAUAAUGAGGUUUGGUCAUACGGCGAGGAAGUAUUGAAGAUCUGCACCAAGUAUAUUGAGCUCCGGGAACAGAUGAGGGAUUAUACGCGUGGCUUGAUGAAGGAAGCUCAUGAGAAGGGAACACCCAUCAUUCGGCCGAUGUUUUACGAAUUUCCCAAUGAUCACAAAGCUUGGGAGGUUGAGACUCAGUACAUGUAUGGUGAUAAGUACCUUGUUGUGCCAAUCUUGGCUCCGAAGCAAAGAAAGAUUACAGCUUACUUGCCCAAGGGGGCGAAAUGGAAACAGGGAGGAAAUGAUCAUGAGGGCGGUCAGACUGUCGAGGUUGACUGUCCCCUUGAUUACAUGCCAGUUUUCGAGAGACUGUAA